CCGCUUUCCCCGCCACUACUGCUGCCUCAUCCUGCCUGUUGUUGAACAGACAACCAGUGGAGACGCCUGAAGGAGCCAGGAACGGACGACGCAUCGCUGGUCUGGUCGCGCCCAUCCAUUUUUUGCGCCGACAUAGUGCAGGGAAACUAUCUAUUUUCCCAUUUCCCAUUUUUGACGCCGGAAACGAAAAAAAGCGGAUCAAAGCGUAGUCGCGCCCCAAGAUAAGGCGUCGUGAUUUAUUGAUCCGCCUGCAGUCAACCUUGACUCACCGCCCCGCGAUCUCUCCACCCGCUGAUUGGCCCCCAGCCUGAGCGGCCGCCGGAAAAGGGAAGGCUGCCUGAGUCACCGCGCAGAGCGAACGAGUCACCUUUUGGCAUUGAGCUCAUAAGCACAUCAACACGGUCCUCCCGGACACUUUUUUUGGCACCAUGGCCUCUCGCUCUUCUUCUACUUCUACUUCUACUUCUACUUCUACCUCUCCCUCCCCCCUUUCGACCUCCGCUUCCACCAUCACUCCCAGUUCCUACUUCACCUCUCUCGUGCGGAGACGCCAACAAAAGAAAAUGAGCAUCACUCAAACAUACUACCUCGCCCACACCGCCCGCAAGAAGCUCACCCGGGAAGCUUCGCGGGCAGACCAUGACCUCCGCCUCCUAGUUGGCCAUGCCAACCUUCUGGAUUCCCUCAUGCUGGAAUUGGCCGAUGCCGAAAGAGAACAAGAACGUUGGUUCAACCAAACCGUCAGCGGAGUGACCAAGACCUCUUCGCAAGGUUCAGAAUCCCGACACAUCCAAUGGGCAGAAACCGUGGUCGAAGACCCCGAGGAAGACUGGGAUCCCGAAGACCUCUCCGACGCCGACUCCGAUGUCAGCGACUCCGACUCCGACUAUGAUGAAGAUGAAUAUGAAGAUGAAUCUCACAUCUACACCCCCGUGCGUCGGCGGGCCCCGUCACCUGUCGCCAUCAUCACCGAAAAGGAAGUGGAGGAGGAUUACGAUUCCGACUCGGACUCGGACUUUGAAUACGAUGACGCGGAAGAUUUGGAGGACUUGACCUUGACCCGCUCACCCUCCCGACAAACCCCUCCCGACUUGCUGUCGGACUCGGAUGGGGAAUCAGAAGACGACACCAUGCCCCCGUCGCCUCCCCAACCGACACUUGAAACAUUCAACGAGAAGGAACCUCAAACCACAGAGAUCCCCCUCUCCCCUACGGAUCUUGACAAUGGGUAUUACGUCCCUGGCCAGGCACGCAGCACAAUUAUCGAGGCGUACUGACUGUGCCCUGCCAAUUGACGACCACGUCAAUGUACCAUACGUGAUACCCCCAUUUAUUGAUGAAUUGUUCUGGAAAGGUUGAUUAUGUUUUUGGGCGAGUCGCCACCAUCAUAGCGGGUCCGGCGUUUUAUUCUGCGACAAGAUAAAAGGAAUUCUUUGGUUGGGCAUUCUGUUUUGGAGACUACUGUUUUGCAUUGUUCGAGAUCGCAUCCCCAUCUACUGUUUUUGCAUGCCCGAGCGCUUGGGCAGUGAUUCUCUACUCUUUGAUUUUUCCUUUCUUGGAUCGAUAUGGUCCCCACAGUUAGGCCGCUGGGAUAGACGGUCGAGAACAUUAUUUUUUUUGCUUGUCCUCUUCGGAGGCAAUAUGAGAUGAAACCCCAUGAUGAAUGAAUAUCACAUUACAAGAAAGACCA